AUGCCGCUUCCUCCACCACCGCCCACUCCCGCCCAACAGCGCCGCCGCCAACUGCGCGCAGCCCAACUCGGCUACGUCUGGCGCCGCGGCGCCCGCGACCUAAUCCCUUUCGCCAGCCGCUACCUCCCCGGCGCCUGCCCGCCGACGCGCUGCUGGGCCAUCCGUCUGCAGCGCGAUUGGUCGCCGAUCCGCCGCCCGCCCACCGCCGCUGCCGAAGACCAGAACCGCCCGCGCCGCCGCCCUGUCCUCCGCUGCCGCCUCUUCAGCGAGGACGAGAUGGGCCGUCGCAUCCACGUGGUGGACAGCGGUCGCUGGGCGCCGCACAGGAUGGCGGCGCUCGAGCGGCUGCGGAGGAGCAUGCGGGGGCUGGCGCGGGUCGUGCGCGGGGCGAGGAGGGAGAGGCAGGAGAGGGGCGGAUGA